AUGACCUUGGACACAAAGUCCAUUGACUGCCUGCGCAGAGUCCAAAAGUAUCUUGAUCGAAAUGCGAGGCACUGGGUGUCCGAGACCGACACCGGCAUCACGUUCAAAGACAACUUUAUUGAGCUUCUGAUGCUCGAGGAGACUGGUAACUGGAACCUCGUUGAUCUGAGGAUCCCGCAAGGGAAAUGGAAUUACUUUGGAUCCAAGGCGGUCAUCGUCGGCGACUACCCCGACGACAACGAUACCAACGCGGUUGCCUCGACGAUCGUGAAACCCGUCGAUUCCAGGGCCCAUGCUCUCAUGGAUGAACUGCUGCAGAGCGAAAACGAAGAUGGAAUCAUCCAGCUCUACCAGGAUCCCUCACGGCCGCGCGUGUGUCCCGAAGUCUCGGCCAACAUCUGCACCUUCUUCUACACCUACAACCGCGGCCAUGAAGUCCGCAAGUCGUUUGACUGGGUGUAUUCGGCGCUGCAGGACCGGGCAUAUCACGUCCCGGGUAGAUAUUACUUCAACCCGGAGCCCUUCUUCUACUAUGUCCGGCGUCUGGUGCGUUCUGCCAAGCAGCAGCCCGAGCUGGACCGGCUGAAGGAGCUCCUGGCAGCCCGGGUCCAGGAGCGCAUCGGGACCACACCGGACGACCCGGGCUGCCUGGCCAUGCGGCUGCUGAUCUGCCACGACUUUAACAUCCCUAACCAGGAGGAUCUGCAGGCGCUGCUUCGCUUGCAGGAGGAAGACGGCAGCUUCGGCGUGGGCUGGUACUAUCGCUUUGGCCGUUCGCAGAUCAAGGUCGGGCACCGGGGGUUCACGGCGACGCUGGCAUUGGAAGCGAUCAAAAAGAACCUGUUGUCUGCUGAUGAGAAUGGCGCGAAUGGCAGCAUUGAGUGA